CUUUAUAUGUGAGCCUUCAUCAUUUUGUAUCAUCGUUCUUGGCUAUACAUGUAUAAAAAUGUGUCAGCCAAAAAUUUCAAAUUCCAUUCAUUUAACAUUGACGUGAUUCUGAAUAACCGUGUUUGAGGUACAUUUUCGCGAAUGAGGUGAUCGAAUAACUAGUUAUAGUAUUAUUCUAUUUGGACUUUGCAGUCAACACCCACUAUUUCGAACGUUAUGUCUUCAAAUGUAAACAAACAGUAACAGGCUAUAAGAUGAAAGCUGUAAUAAUGAAGUAUAGAAGUGUUAAAACCUAUUAUUUACUUUACAGAUGUGCACUAGCUGGGUUAGCCACUAAUGGAUAUAAUAAAACGAAAGUAAAGUGAAAAUUUCCGGAAGUUUUCAAAAUGUACAUAAUAUAAUAUAAAUAUCUUAACAUAUAUUCUUCUUAACCAUCAAACUUCAGGAUUACUGGGACGAUUGCAUAAUUUUAGUCAACUGUUGUUUAUUCAGGAGCAGGUACACCUGUUUGGGGACACAGUUUUAUGGUUUGUGUCUAUGACUAUUUCUUAAUACUCUGCAGAAUACAAAAAAAUAUGUGCAUAUUAACGGGAUAUUCGCCAAAAAUUUCUUAAAAGAAUAUAAAAUAGAUGUACAUGAAAAGCAAGUAAUUUUGUAAAUUCUUCGUGAUUCAGAUCAGACUCACUGAGUCAGUGAAAGCUAUCCUCAAGUAAGCAUAGAACCUUGUUCUGCUCGAACGCACUCGUAUGAGAAGAAAAGUAUAAAAGUGAACACAAGUGAUAAUGCUUUUCUCUAAAGCAACAUGUUUUCUCAAAGCGAUAUUUGCUAAUAUUUAAAUUUUAAGCACAAAAACAACCUAUUUUCCCUUUUUUUUUUUGCUACAUUACUACGUACGUUAUACGCGUAAAAUUUUGUGUUAUCAUAAAUAAUACUAGAGGCUUUACCACAAUUGAACGAUACAUACGGAAUACAUUAAAUAGGAAACGCAUUGCAAAUGUAAUCUCAUUACAACAAAUCUAGUAACAAGCCUAUAAAAUAAUUUUUGAGAUUCGUUUUUAUGAGGCCUAAAAUAACAUUUUCAAUUUCGAAUGAUAUAAAACAUGGUAGUGAUAGUUUAUCAAUAAAUGAGAUCUGAUGUAUCUUUGGAGUGAAAGGAAUGACUCAUUUAUAAUUACAGUUCUGAACGAACAGUGAAUCGUCUUAAUAAGACCUACAGUUACGUACUAUUUGUCGAGCCUAAUCUUUGCUUUCAUAUUUUGUCGAACAUCGGAAAUAGAGCUAGGCAUCCGCAUCCGUGUCAUAUAUGGUACCGCUAUCUCGCGACAAAGUGCUAGGUCAGUGACGUUUACGGUUUAAAGUGUAAGUUACAUUACGUAAGUACAUAAUAGGGAUUCCCUGAAAUCUUACUGAUCCACUAGAUGGCUUGGGGGUCUGUGGCUGCAAAAGUCAAUCAUUACUAAUUCGAACUCCGUAAUACGACAUGUCUCUUACAAAAAAUGUUCUCAACUGAAUGACGCGUUUGUACAUAUAAAUCGUGUGGCCGCACUACGGUCUACGAUAAUAGUUCCGCCUCGAAAUUGCUGCACAAUAAAAUUCAGGAUCGAUCGUGUCCCACGGUGGACAUAUUGUUGAGAUAGUGUUUCUUUUUUUUGUUGCGUCUUAGUUUUCUAAUAAACUCUAGUUAGCUUCUUUGAAUUAAUAGACACAACCUAAAUAUGAUCUUCUACUACGAGGCUUUACCUUUAGGCUAACGCUGCACACUCCUGGAAGACCCAAGCAACGUACGAAUUGUAUAUGGUAUAUGAAAUUUCCAUAGGGCACCUUUGUACAAUCCUCGCGUCUUGUAUUUGCAACUUAAUACGCUCUUUUCUUUCAAUAUUUAGAAUCAACAAUGUCUUUUAGUUGAUGAUUGAAUUUAUUAUAUUAUUCUAAUGAAUGGAACGAUAAUUACCUUAUAGAAUAGAUAUACAUAUUCUACAUUUUUGAAAAAAUUGUUAUUUUUACUAUGUAUAUGUUAAAACAAAUCUUUUCAAGGAACGAAACAAGCAGAAUAAAUGCUACUUGCAGUGUACCCGUGGCAAAGACGAAAUGCCUUUAUCAAGUCAAGUGGAUGCUAGCUUAAACGAUUACUAUUCCGGUCGUCAAUAAUCUGUUUUCGCAGGAAGUGCACACUGUGAGGACGUAUACUUCAUUAGCGUCCAACCUGAAGGGUAAUCGAUUGUGAACAGUUGUUAUGUACCUGGAUUAUAUUUGCGAGAAAAAGUCAUGAUCUGAACGGAAAAAAACCACAAAGGCCAAAUUCGAAAGCGCGGCCGUGCUCCAUUUUUGCCGAAAUGUCGGCGAUGUGGUUUGGCUACCCUUAAGGGAAAUCAGCUCAUGCCGUGCCCACAAAAGAAGCACACAAUCCAUAGAUUAUGUAUAAACUCAAAAGAAGGAUAUCCCGCUAAGGACUGUGAUUGUCCACCGGAUGAGACUCUCGGAAAAGUUAUAAAGGCUACCAGAAAGCGCAAAGUCAAGAAAGAUGAGUUAGCUUUGAUGCCGACGGCAGACGCUGACAGAGUAGCGUCACCAACGAGCUCCUAUCUUUCCCAUCUAGAUGCUACAACGGCUACGUUCUUUAGCACGGGAAUGUUCUACCUCCAAUUGCCCUGCCCCGUAUUUCGCAAUGAAAUAAACGUGGCCCUGUAUCAGCUUCAAAUGGCAAGAGGAGUGGAGGACCCCACGGUUUUAGCCGUUCCCGCUUACCUGUUGAACACCCAGCCAACGUUUUCCACGCCAAGCGCAUGGCAUCGACAACCGCCGGCACAGCCGAUGUUUGCAAACAACAUGUUAACGAAAGUUGCGGGGUCGCUUGUCGGUCUGGGAAUGGCGGCGUUACUCGGCUACAAGAAGUGGACAUGCUUAGAACACCAUGAAGAGGUUGAUGGAGUUAGAUCAUCUAAAACUACUCUUAAACCUUGUCCUUUUCACGAUCAUAAGAAGGUCCCUCAUCACCGCGUCCGUCUUUAUGGCCAUUUACCAAAAUCGUCCGAGACAGGUCUGCGUGCGCAUAUACACGAUGAGAGAAAGAACUGGAACUUUAAUUGGGACAGUAGGGACCCAGCCGAAAUCUAUUCUAAGGCCGAAGGUCCGAUCAACGAGUGCAAAAUUCCAUAUAAAUCGCGUCAUAUCUACCUUGUUCGGCAUGGAGAAUAUAACCAAGAUAAUGAACACGAUGCGUUACGAAAUUUAACUGAAAAAGGCAAAGAGCAAGCAACACUUGCGGGAAAACGACUCCAGGAGUUAGGAUUAACGUUCGACAAAAUUAUAAUCUCUACGAUGACUAGGGCGCGAGAAACGGGCGAUUGCAUCUUGAAGGAAUUGCCACCAGAAAUGACAGAAAAGGUAGUUACAACGGAUUUAUUGCGAGAAGGUUUACCCGCUUCCUCAGAACCGAAAUCAGGUAAAUUUCGUGAACCUUCAAUAUUCUUCCAGGACGGGGCCCGCAUUGAAGCGGGUUUUCGAAAAUAUUUCUAUCGGGCAAAGCCAACUCAAGAAAGAACCGAGAGACUGUUGCUUGUGUGUCACGCAAACGUCAUCAGAUACUUCAUUUGUCGCGCUCUGCAGAUUCCUGAAGACGCAUUGUUGCGGUUUUCCAUUAAACAUGGUUCCAUUACUCACAUCGAGAUCAAACCAUCGGGAAGGGUCGUGGCGAGAUUUAUCGGUGAAACGGGCUUCAUGCCCGAGAACUUGCAAAAGCAGUAGAAAAACAAGCUAACUUUCAGUGAACUAGCUAAUGCGAUAAUUGCACGCCGUUUAAAAACGUUCACUAGCCAAUCGUUGUAAACAAAACGACCAAAAGAUCGUAAUGCACAGUUUAUAAGAAUUGUCGCGGUCAACUGAGCAAUUGUAAAACAUUUGCCCGCCAUGGUCAUGUAUGUAUAUAUAUAUACAUACAUCUCUUAUAAUGUCGAAUCCGUGGCAUAUGCCUUUCAGGAUGGUAAAAAAAGCAUGUGCUCUAAGAAAGAACCAUGGCGAACUACCUCGAGUUGUGGUUGCUAGGUUCGAUAUUAGAUCUUCACAAUUAGUCGGCUAACAUUUUACAGUCCUGCACGAAGAGCAACUAGCCAAUUUCUCAAAUUGUAUUCCAUGUACUCAUUGAAGUUGAUAUGUAAAUAGUUAGAAAAUGGUUUGAUAACUAGGAAUAGCUACUAACUUAACAGAUAUUUUCCGACUUUUUUUUUGGCCAAUAGUCGGCACGCCAUGGAGUUAUGUCUGUAAUCAUGUCUAUACGUGGCUUAAACGACGAUUCUCGCUUCUCAGUGACAUCCCAAUACAAAAGUAUUUUGAGUGACGCGCAUGAACGGUAGAGGAUAAACAUGAAUGACAUUUGUAUGGAGUAAGAUGCACAUUUUAUUACGCUUUUACGCGGAGCUAUAUUGGAAGCUUCAUACUAAUUAUAGUUCUACAAUAAAUAAUUAGAUCAGGAACAAGAGUCGUACUAAGGUGAGACCCAUAAAACGCACUUUCGAAACUUAUGAUGAUUCAAAUGGACAUCAACAAUUUAUAUACGUGCAUUGUGGAGCAUCCCGCCAAACCAAUGCUCCGUCCUUCUUUAUGCGAACUCUGUGAUCUUUCGUUAAAUAAAUGAUUUGCUAUAAGAGGGACCAUUCGA